UCGCAAAGUAUUUUAAAAGCUGAGGCCGGCCCAGCCCUACGGGUCGUGUUCAACCGACGUCCGGUCCCUUUUUCCCCUGCACCCUUCAAAGCAAAGUUUUCUUGCGCCCCUUCUCCUUGGGAGAGAUCGCGAGCCUGACCUGUCGUUAGGGGUCAAAUCCGACACGGAUAAAGGCGAUGGAGUUGGCGGACAAGGCGGUAGGGUUCUUGCUAUCGGCCAUCAGCCUGUCGAUAUUCACCUAUUAUACGUUGUGGAUCAUCAUUCUGCCAUUUGUGGAGAGCGAUCACUUUAUACACAGAUACUUCUUGCCCCAAGAAUAUGCCAUCCUGAUACCCGUCUUUGCCGGGGUUGCGCUUCUCAGCUUCUUGAGCAUGUUUGUUGGGUAUGUCAUGCUCAAAUCGAAGAAGAAAUCUGCUUGAUGUAUGCUUCUUGUUUUCUGCUUUCAUCGUUUCAUGGAGUUGAAUGCUAAUCUUAGUCGGAAGUUCGGUUGGUGAGGUUAAGGAUCUUGUUUUUUUUAUAAAUUUUUUAAUAUGAUGUUACUUUUUGAAAAUUGCAUCGUUCUAUUGCACAACUCUUAUUUACUUGAUGUUGAAUUGACAUCAUAGGCAUGAUUUAACUCA